AACAUAUGUUCUUAUACGUGAUAAGUUAAGUGUAUGCAAAUGUUUACUCCUAAAUGGACUGUCUAGCAAAGAAAGUGUUUUUUAGUCAAUUGUUUAAAUGUUUACUUUUACGACUUUUUUGUUAGAGUUUGAUUUCACUAAAUCGUGUUUUCCUAAACUGUACAAUUCGUUACGGAUCAAACCUUGUCAAUCCAUGAUAAAGAAAAUGGAUAGUCGCGGUGUGAAUGAUCUUAUCCCAACGAAUGGAUUGUUGUGUGAAUGAUCUUAUCCCAAUGGUCGAUGAACGUAUUUGUAUAGGCUGUAUAGAUAUGCGUGAGCACCCACCGAAACAGUAGUAACCAUCAAUUUUAAUACCACCAAAUAUCCCAAAUUAACCAAAUAUUCGUCAAAAUCUUUUCAAUAUCCAUAAAAGUAGGUUGUUAUCCUGUUUAUCGAAUAUUAAAUAUAAGGUAUAUAAACAUAUGGAGGAUUAUUAUCCACUGCUCUAAAUUGAAAAAUCAACAUGUCUAACAGUAACUUGUAAAACAUCCCACCAACGGAUCAAAAACAAGGUCUGUAGAUUUGAAAAUCAAUGAGAACAAUCAAGGGAACACGUACACAGAAGAGUACAUAUGCAUGAACACAACACACAAGACAUACCAUGUCUAAAAAGAAGACACAAUUUACAAAAUUACCCUUUGUCUCCAUACUUCUCUCUACGUGAAUGUACAUAGCAGAGAGAUAUAUAUAAUACACAUCGCAGAGACCCACCUUCUUUAUUUCAGAGGGAAAAAAGAACAGAGCAUCGUAGAAAAAGUACCAUGGGAUCCUUGGUUAAUGUGAAAGAAGCCACAGUUAUUACUCCUUCCGACCAAACACCUUCUACUGUUCUGUCUCUCUCCGCCUUAGAUUCUCAGCUUUUCCUCCGUUUCACCAUCGAGUACCUCCUCGUUUACUCACCCGUUUCCGACCCGGUUUCUCUCUCGGAUCGUCUCAAGUCAGCACUCUCUCGCGCUCUAGUUCCUUACUUCCCUUUCUCCGGCCGCGUACGUGAGAGACCCGACGGUGGAGGCGGCGGAGGUCUCGAGGUUAACUGCCGUGGCCAAGGUGCUCUCUUUCUCGAAGCUGCAUCGGACCACCUCACGUGCCUUGACUUUCACAAACCUCCCCGGCACGUGACUAGCUGGAGAAAGCUUCUCUCCCUCAACGUCAUCGAUGUCCUCGCUGGUGCUCCUCCUCUCGUCGUCCAGCUCACUUGGCUUCGAGACGGUGGCGCAGCUUUAACCGUCGGCGUUAACCACUGCGUCUCCGAUGGUAUCGGAAGCGCAGAGUUUCUCACCUUGUUCGCCGAGUUAUCUAGAGACUCGCUGAGUCAGAGCGACUCAAAACGUAAACACUUGUGGGAUCGCCACUUGCUUAACCCGUCUCCGGUUCGUGACUCGUUAAACCACCCUGAGUUUAACCGAGUUCCUGACCUCUGCGGGUUCGUGAACCGGUUCAACGCCGAGCGACUCGUUCCGACAUCAGUCGUGUUUGAAAAACAUAGACUAACCGAGCUGAAGAAACUCGCGACUCGACUCGGCGAGUCCACGUCGUUCGAGGUGCUCUCCGCACAUGUAUGGCGGAGCUGGGCGAGGUCACUGAACUUGCCAUCGAACCAAAGCCUCAAGCUUUUGUUCAGCAUCAACAUUCGAGACAGAGUCAAACCGAGUCUACCCGUUGGGUUCUACGGUAACGCCUUCGUCGUCGGAUGCGCGCAAACCACCGUGAAAGAUCUGACGGAGAAAGGGUUAAGCCACGCGACGAUGCUCGUGAAGCAAGCGAAGGAGCGAGUCGGGGAUGAUUACGUCAGAUCGGUGGUGGAAGCCGUGAGCAAGGCGAAAGCUUGUCCUGACUCUGUCGGAGUCUUGAUACUGUCGCAGUGGUCACGUCUCGGUUUAGAACGGCUUGAUUUUGGUUUUGGUAAACCGGUUCAUGUUGGAUCGGUUUGUUGUGACCGUUACUGUUUGUUACUUCCAGUUCCUGAACAGAAUGAUGCCGUUAAAGUAAUGGUUGCCGUUCCGUCAAGUGCGGUUGACUCCUAUGAGAAUUUGGUGAUGAGCCCAAACGUUUAAUUAUUAGAGAAAAUAUCAAUUCUAAUUUUUUUUUUAAAUGAGGAACUCUCACUCCGUUGACUUGUAUGAUAUUGAGUAUUGAUAAAUCAUUUUAGUUUACUUUAAUUUCCUAA